UUAUUAGAAAACUAAGAUAUACUCCAAAGCGACACUGGGUGGUACGCCAUCAAAGCUCUCUCGUGAUAUAGCGAGAGGAAGAGGGAGAAACACUCUGUAACUCCGCUCGUCACACUUCACUUCGGGCCUUCGGCAGCCGCAGCAGCCAUGGCGUUCUCUUCUUCCUUCUCUUCUUCCUGUAGCGUCUCAUCCAAUGCGGCCACGGUGGCACACAGUAGCAAGAAGAAUAGCUGCAACUCUGGGUGCCACCACCACCCUUUCUCCUCUUCGUCUCACAUCUCCUUCCCUGGUGCUUUUCUUCAACGGUCUUCGAUUCCAAGAAUUGGUUGUGUUCCUGUUUUGGGAAGAAGACAGUCAUCUUAUGCCCACAUAUAUUCUCCUGUUGCAGUUCUUUUGCACGAGGAACCUGAAGGAAAAACAUCACUUCCCAAAGGCAAUAUGUGGUCUAUUCAUAAGUUUGGUGGGACCUGUGUAGGCACCUCUGAGAGAAUUAAGAAUGUUGCAGAUAUAAUUGUUAACGAUGAUUCAGAAAGGAAGUUGGUUGUUGUAUCUGCAAUGUCAAAGGUGACAGAUAUGAUGUACGAUCUCAUUGACAAGGCGCGAUCCCGGGAUGACUCCUACAUAUUGGCACUAGAUGCUGUUUUAGAAAAACACAAACUAACAGCGAUGGAUCUACUUGAUGGAAAUGAUCUUGCUAGUUUCCUAUCACGGUUGCAUGAUGACAUCAAUAAUCUCAAAGCAAUGCUUCGUGCAAUUUACAUAGCUGGUCAUGCAACAGAUUCAUUUUCAGAUUUCGUUGUGGGUCAUGGAGAAUUAUGGUCUGCUCAACUGUUGUCAUCUGUUGUCAGAAAGCAUGGAGUAGAAUGCAAUUGGAUGGAUACUAGGGAUGUCCUUAUUGUAAAUCCUACUAAUUCUAAUCAAGUUGAUCCUGACUUUUUGGAAUCUGAGAGAAGACUGGAGAGAUGGUUUUCUCAUAAUUCAUCUAAGACAAUCAUUGCUACUGGUUUCAUUGCCAGCACACCCCAAAAUAUUCCUACAACUCUAAAACGAGAUGGCAGUGACUUCUCUGCUGCUAUAAUGGGUGCUCUAUUCAAGGCCCGACAGGUCACAAUCUGGACAGAUGUGGAUGGUGUGUACAGUGCGGACCCCAGAAAAGUUAGUGAAGCUGUGAUAUUGAGAACAUUGUCCUAUCAAGAGGCCUGGGAAAUGUCAUAUUUUGGGGCAAAUGUUUUGCAUCCACGCACCAUUAUUCCAGUAAUGCGAUAUGACAUUCCAAUUGUAAUAAGAAAUAUCUUCAAUCUCUCUGCUCCUGGAACAAAAAUCUGCAGGCUUCCUGAUGAAAAUGGAGAUUGUCAGCAAUUGGAAUCUCUUGUAAAGGGAUUUGCAACAAUUGAUAAUUUGGCCCUUGUAAAUGUUGAGGGAACUGGAAUGGCUGGUGUUCCUGGUACUGCUAGUGGCAUAUUUAGUGCUGUGAAGGAUGUGGGUGCUAAUGUUAUCAUGAUAUCCCAGGCUAGUAGUGAGCACUCUGUCUGCUUUGCUGUACCUGAGAAGGAAGUAAAUUCUGUUGCUGAGGCUCUGCAGUCUAGAUUCCGCCAAGCAUUGGAUGCUGGGCGUCUUUCCCAGGUUGAAGUCAUUCGCAACUGUAGCAUUUUGGCAGCAGUUGGCCAAAAAAUGGCAAGUACUCCUGGAGUUAGUGCUACUCUUUUCAAUGCGUUGGCAAAGGCUAAUAUAAAUGUCCGGGCUAUAGCUCAAGGCUGCUCUGAAUACAAUAUUACUGUUGUGCUUAAGCGGGAAGAUUGCAUAAGAGCUUUAAGAGCUGUUCACUCUAGAUUCUAUCUAUCCAAAACCACAAUAGCAAUGGGCAUUAUUGGACCUGGAUUGAUUGGUUCCACAUUACUUGACCAGCUCAGGGAUCAGGCAGGGAUACUGAAGGAAGAAUUUAACAUUGAUUUGCGUGUCAUGGGAAUCACUGGCUCAAGGACAAUGAUUUUGAGUGACUUGGGAAUUGACUUGUCUAGAUGGAGGGAACUUCAAAAAGAGAAGGGACAAAUGGCUGACUUGGAUAAAUUUGUUCAACAUGUACAUGGAAAUCAUUUCAUUCCAAAUACUGUGUUGGUUGAUUGUACGGCAGAUACUAAUGUUGCGAGCCAUUACUAUGAGUGGUUGCGCAAAGGAAUUCAUGUAAUCACCCCAAAUAAAAAAGCUAAUUCAGGACCUCUUGAUAAGUAUUUGAAGCUGAGAGCACUUCAGCGGCAAUCUUAUACUCAUUAUUUCUAUGAAGCAACUGUUGGAGCUGGCCUCCCGAUCAUUAGCACAUUGCGAGGGCUCCUAGAAACUGGUGAUAAGAUUUUGCGCAUUGAGGGCAUUUUCAGUGGGACUUUGAGCUAUAUUUUCAACAACUUCAUCGAAAAACGAGCUUUUAGUGAGGUGGUGGCAGAAGCAAAACAAGCUGGUUAUACUGAGCCAGAUCCUAGGGAUGAUUUAUCUGGAACUGAUGUUGCAAGAAAGGUCAUAAUUCUUGCCAGAGAAUCUGGUCUAAAGCUAGAGCUUGAAGACAUCCCAGUACAAAGCCUUGUGCCAGAACCAUUAAGAGCUAGUGCAUCAGCUGAAGAAUUCAUGCAACAGCUUCCUCAAUUUGACCAACAAAUGGCAAAGAAUCGGCAGGAUGCUGAGGCUGCAGGCGAAGUGUUGAGAUAUGUUGGUGUGGUGGAUGUGGUUAAUCGAAUAGGGCGUGUAGAGUUGAGGAGAUACAAGAAUGAUCACCCAUUUGCUCAGUUAUCUGGGUCUGAUAACAUCAUUGCUUUUACAACAUCAAGAUACAAGGAACAACCACUCAUUGUCCGUGGGCCAGGUGCUGGUGCCCAAGUUACAGCUGGUGGAAUAUUUAGUGAUAUAUUGCGGCUUGCCUCCUAUCUCGGUGCUCCUUCAUAGGUUAUGAACUGUUUCACCCAUCAUCCUAUUGUAUGAUCUGAUUUUGUUCAUCAAGAAAUUGAUGUUGCAGCUAUCUUGGAAGGUGUUAUUACUAUGUUUGCAUGUGAACUUUUAUUUCUAGUUUCAUUUAUGCAUCUAUUUGCGCAAAGUUGUGAAUUGAAUAUAUCCUAGUUUUUAGGAUUAAUGAGUGAAGAAGGGUCGGUAUGUUUUCUGUGAA